GUUGCAAGAAUAUAACUCCGCUUUGGUCCUAAAAUUGCAUUUAGGGCGAUCGUAAACACUUCUAUUGCACCGCACCAUUGCAAUCUUUGCACAAGUAGCAUGUUUACUGCUGUUUUAUGGUGGUGAAGACCCAGAGUUUCUUCAGACAUGUCAGUGAGGGAGUCCUUUAACCCCGAAAGCUAUGAGCUGGACAAGAACUUUAGGCUCACACGCUUCGCUGAGCUCAAGGGCACAGGCUGCAAGGUGCCCCAAGAUGUGUUACAGAAGCUACUAGAAACCCUACAGGAGAACCACUAUCAAGAGGAUGAACAGUUCCUGGGGGCAGUUAUGCCCCGAUUAGGCAUAGGCAUGGACACCUGUGUGAUCCCCCUUAGGCAUGGAGGCCUUUCUCUCGUCCAGACAACAGAUUACAUCUACCCCAUUGUGGAUGACCCCUACAUGAUGGGAAGAAUUGCUUGUGCCAAUGUUCUAAGUGACCUGUAUGCCAUGGGAGUGACAGAGUGUGACAACAUGUUAAUGCUUCUGGGAGUCAGCAACAAAAUGUCAGAAAAGGAGAGAGACAAAGUCAUGCCACUGAUCAUCCAGGGGUUCAAGGACGCAUCAGAGGAGGCCGGCACAUCUGUAACAGGAGGACAGACAGUGCUCAACCCCUGGGUGGUGAUGGGAGGAGUUGCUACCACAGUCUGCCAGCCCAACGAAUUUAUCAUGCCAGAUAACGCAGUGCCAGGAGAUGUGUUGGUGUUGACCAAGCCACUCGGAACACAAGUGGCCGUCGCAGUACAUCAGUGGCUAGAUAUCCCUGAGAAGUGGAACAAGAUCAAGCUGGUGGUGACCCAGGAGGAUGUAGAGCUGGCCUACCAUGAAGCCAUGAUGAACAUGGCUCGGCUCAACAGGACAGCGGCUGGUCUCAUGCACACCUUCAACGCUCACGCGGCCACUGACAUCACAGGGUUCGGCAUCCUUGGCCACGCUCAGACGUUGGCACGGCAACAACGAAGUGAAGUGUCAUUUGUCAUCCACAACCUCCCAGUGCUCGCCAAGAUGGCCGCCGUGUCCAAGGCCUGUGGGAACAUGUUUGGACUCAUGCACGGCACCUGCCCUGAAACAUCAGGAGGCCUGCUCAUCUGUCUGCCUCGGGAGCAGGCCGCCCGCUUCUGUGCCGAGAUCAAAUCCCCAAAAUACGGCGAGGGCCACCAAGCGUGGAUCAUCGGAAUUGUAGAGAAAGGAAACCGCACUGCUCGCAUCAUUGACAAACCACGGAUCAUAGAGGUGGCACCGCAAGCAGCCACACAGAAUGUCAACCCAACUCCCGGUGCAACUUCUUAAUCCUCUUUUGCUGUAUCACAGACCGGAACCUCUGCUCUGCUGAGUGUUUUUAGACACAUAAACUACAAAAACCAUCCUAGAGUGUUGAAAUAUAUUCACACAAUAGUAUGUACACAGAAAAGACUGGGUUGGUGUGUAUCUACAUGAAAAACAGCCCCACACAGUGGCCAAAGGGGCGUGUCAUCAACCCGUGGACUCAACCUGCAGUAUCCCCAUGAUAAAAAAUUGGUAAGAAUUAGUGCAUACUUAAAAUCCAUUUGCCUUUCGUGUCUAUUGUGUUCUGUUAUGUUAUACGUGCGUGAUUGGCAGGCAGCUUUGGAUAAGAGAGUGAUGAUGAUGAAGACAAUAACGCGAUACUGUUGAUUCAUUUUGAAUCCUAGGAAGUCUGGUGUCUGUUGCCUCUUUGGGUCUUUCAAAAUUGCUCUCAUCCAGCAAGCGGACCGCAUGGUGGUGUUUUUGUUUGUCCAUUCACUUUGUACAGUUAUAAAGCGUAAUUUUAGUUCAUUGCUGUAACUGAUGCCUUGAAAGAAACGGAGUGUGACCAGAAUGGUUUGUUUUUUAUUACUUUGACUUUUUGUAUUGUCCCCACCAAAACUAAUAAAUAUUCAAAUAGAAAA